AAGGAUCGAGGACUGCCUGCCCCCGCUGGAGGACUCCCCAUCCAAGCGGUUCUCCGCAUCCAAGCGCAAGCAGUACUACAUCAACAAGGCCAUCCGCAACUCAGACCUCACCCCCAAGGCCAAGGGCCGCAAGAGCCUUCAGAGGCUGGAGAACACUCGUUACCUGAUGACGUUGCUGGAGCAAGAUGAGUGCGGCAGCGACGAGGGGGAGCUCGCCCACUCCGCCACCCCCAGCAUCUUCACCGAGGCCUGCAACAACGAGACCUAUGUGGAGAUCUGGAACGACUUCAUGAACCGGUCAGGGGAAGAGCAGGAGCGAGUGCUGCUGUACCUGGAGGAAGAGGCCAGGAAGAAGCAGAGGAGGAAGCUACCGGGCAAAAAUGUGGAGUGGAAAGGAGCGAAGGAGGUGGCGGUUGAGGGACACAAACCGGGUGGUGAAGCCAUGUGGCUGGGGGCAGAGCCAUCGGCCGUGGCCAAGCCCCCUCCGAGUUCCCUCGCCGCUGGGACGCUGGAGGGGCUGGAGGAGGAGCUGCUGGCCUUCUUCUCUGUCACCCCCCACUCCGUCUAUACAGCACUGAUGGACAACAGCUUCGAGCGACUCCUGCUCCACGCGCUUUGCCAGUACAUGGACCUUGUCUCUGCCAGUUCGGACAUCGAAGGAAAGCGUCAGAUGAAAGUGAGCAACAAACACCGUGUGUUCCUGCGCCCCGAGCUCCUGCUCUCAGACUACCUGGGGCAGAUGAGCUGA